CCCAGAUUUGGUUAUGUGAUCAUCAGUUUAAGCCCAUAAUCCCGUCUAAUCGGGAAUAUUCCAUGCGUGUGCCUCGGGAGUUUGCUGAAAUGACACAUUUCUAUGCAGUUGGCAAAACAUAUUCGGCGUGUUUCAGAUGUGUCGCUCUGUGUACGCACAGAAGGGUCGGCCAUGGCUUUCAGCAGGAGAGUCUUCACUUUGAGCGCACAAAGAUGCUCUGCUUGAUUCCUCUGCUUCUGCUGCUGCCGCUUCCGAGCAUAAUGUCGGGCUUCAGGCAGUGUCCAAGCCCCUGCCUUUGCUACGAGUCCUCUGACCUGGUGGACUGCAGGUCUCAGGGCUUGGACCAGGUCCCCCCCGGUGUCUCCAGUGGCACUUGGCUGCUGGAUCUCAGUGGGAACAGGGUGAGAGAGGUGCGCAGUGAUUCGUUCGUGGGAUUGUGGUCGUUGAAGUUCCUGCUGAUGUCCAACAACAGCAUACAUGCUGUGCAUCCACAGUCUCUUUCAUCCCUACAGUUUCUGGAGAGGCUGGACCUGAGCUUCAACCGACUGCGCUGGCUGCCUCAGGACUUCACUCUCCAUCUGACCUCCCUCCAGGUGCUGCGGCUGGACCACAACCUGAUGCAGCAUGUCGACUCCUCCUCCCUGAGAAACUGUGACAACCUGAGGAAGCUGGACCUGAGCUACAACCGCAUCCGAACGAUAGACACCAGGGCUUUCCACAGCCUCUCUCGACUGCGCCUCCUGCACUUGGAGGGAAACAGGCUGAACAUGCUCAAAGACGGGCUGCUGAGCCGCCAGCAGAGCCUGGAGGUUCUCCUGCUCGGCCACAACAACAUCUCCGCGAUCGAGGCCGAAGCUCUGGCCCCUCUCCGCGGUCUGACCCUGCUGGGCCUCCGCGGAAAUCAGCUGCAGCACAUCAAGUUCAAGACCUUCCUGAAGCUGCAGACCAUCAGCACCCACCUGCAGAUGUCCCUCAACCCCUGGACCUGCGACUGCGACCUGCAGCGCGUCUUUGGUAAGAUCCAGUACGUGCGACACCUGCAUGUAGAGGACUACAAGGCCAUCCUCUGCCACGCCCCUCCUCAGCAGGCUGGGAGCCCCCUCGCGUCCAUGGACAGCCAGCUGUGCAUGGCGGAGACAGCGUCGGUGCUGGUCAUCACCAUCACCGUGAUGCUGGCAGUGAUCGGUGCGCUGGUCAAAGCUGAGCGCAACCGCAAGAACAAACAAGCUGCGAGUGAUGCAGAGUCUUCAGACAAGUGACUGGUUAAAGGAUGGAGCUCUGACACACACAGACGGCCAACUGCUGGACGCUACAUGAAACAGCCACUGGAGAAAGACCAAGUGGGUGUUUUUUUUCAUUUAGUUAGUGGAAAACAAUCCAAAAUGUUGUCAUUAUAUUCUGUCGGUUGAUUAGUUUUACAAGAAGGCUUUCCACAAUGUAUAAAUUGCUUGCAAAA